CAAACUCGUAAAAUGUGCUGUAUCAAUCUCCAAAAUUGUAAAAAUUUGUUACAUUGCGUGAACUUUAGCCAAAAAAUCUUCGUUAUAUCGAGGGGACCAAAAUACAUUUGAUUUUUCGUUAUAGCACGAGGUUUUCAAGGGUCCGACAGUUUUAUACGUUAUAUCGAGAUUUUCGUUUUAUCGAACUUCGUUAUACCGCGAGUUGACUGUAUUAAUAGAAUAUAAUAAUAUGAUUAUAUUAAAACAUUGUUUUAUAAUGUUGGUGCAUCCUGAGAAACUUUUGCCACCCCUGAUAUUUUUUUCGAAUUACGCCAUUGCCAGUACGUGUGUAUCCAUCAUAUGUUAUAUACAGCUGCUCCGGAUCCGGUGUUGUUCAACGUAGACUUGGUGGCGUUGUACGAUAGAAUGUUGGACGCGGAUUGCGACGAAGACUGCGAUUUGGAUUGCGUGGCAACCGUGACGGAGACUGAACGAUGGGAGGCGUACGACAAGUUCCGCGACGUGGUCGAAGCACGGGUCGCACACAACUUGUACCUAUGCAAGUGCAUUGAACUGAAGCAGCGGACGGUGGACGUGGAAGACAACAUCAUCGAGGAGACCACGGAGUUCUGGCUGGACGACAAAAUGAAAGUGAAAGUAUGUAAGACGUUUUUCACUCGCACCCUGGGCCUGCCGGAUGCGCGGUUGAACGCGCUGCUCGAGCCCGAUACCUUCGAGUGGUUCUCCCGGUAUAAGCACCUCUUGAUUGAUCACACGGUUACCGUUAUGGCAGUGACAGCCGUUGACAAUCAUGAUAGAGACGUGGACGAAGAGAGAACGAAGCGUUACUGCGGUAUCGAACAACCCUGUUCCGAGUUUGUGCUGAAUUCCAGAAAGUAUUUAGAAAAAAACAGUUUGUCAUUCGUUAAAGAAACAGACUCAGAUUUAGAUGAAGACUCAGAAGAUAUAGUUCCUUCAGUUUUUAAUAGCGUUGUAAAUCAAAUUCAAUCGAUACCAAGAGUAGUAAGUACUUUGAUAAAUCCAGAAAAUGACAAAGAAGUGUUGAGAUUCGAGAGUAGUAUAAAUUAUAAGUAUAUGUAUUUACAUUAUUUGAAACAAUCGAAGAAAAAUAAAAAUAAAUUGAGCGAAAAACAAUAUAAGAAAAUAUAUAAUCAGUACAUGAAAAAAAUAUUUAUGGUGAAAUAA